CGCAGUAUAUGUUACCAUGGACUUGUCUUUUGUAUUCCUAGUUGCACUCUUCGGACUGAUUUCAACGACAAGCCCACCUCAGAGGUGUAGAGAACUGCAUAUGGAAAACUGCAACGUUUGUCAUUGUGGUAUGUGUACCUUGAUGGGAUGUCCACCAGGCAUUCAAUAUGAUGAUUGUGUGUAUAACGGGAAUACGUACAAGCAUGGUGAUAAAUUUAUGAAUGAUUGUAACAAUUGUGUUUGUAACGAUGGUAGACCUAUCUGUUUCCAUGAUGAUUGUUCGUCGCUUUCUAAGAGAACACCUUUUCCACGACUUGCGAAUAAGUGCUGGUAUAAUGGUAAAUUUUAUGAUGUUGGAACGAAGGUCGUGGAAAACAAUGACUGUAAUGCUUGUCACUGUGUGGGUACAGGGCACAACACGGGUAUUGCUUGUACCGUGAUGAGAUGCCGAGCACCUCUCCUGGACGUCAUAAAGACUUUAUAAAUGUAUCCAGAAUAAAAUUUUAUC